CACCGUGGAUGCAGUGAAACCUCCAAGGAGAAGAAGAAGAUGUACAACAACUUCUUCUUCGUGGGUGUUUCCUCCUCUGUCGUGCUGCUAAUCUGCUGUCAGUUUUAGAGAAGAAGUUUCCAAUGCAACAGCUAGGCAUCAACAUGCCUGCUGCUGUGAUUAUGGAGGAAAAUUUCGAUAAAUUAUUAGAGCAGUGUGAAUCUCAAGAGCUCGAGGCUCCAGGAGGCAUCGCAACACCGCAGGUGUACGCUCAGUUACUGGCUCUCUAUUUACUUCAUAAUGAUAUGAACAAUGGCAGGUAUCUCUGGAAACGGAUACCCCAAGCAAUCAAAUCGGCUAAUCCUGAAUUAGCAUCUAUUUGGGCUGUUGGCCAACGCAUUUGGCAGCGAGACUUUCCAGGGAUCUACACAACCAUAGCAGCGUACCAGUGGUCUGAGAACAUCCUUCCGGUCAUGGAGGCUCUUCGAGAGAGCACCCGGCAGAGGGCGUACAGCCUCGUGGCCCAGGCGUACACUUCCAUCGCAGCAGAUGAUUUUGCCGCCUUUGUGGGAUACUCUGUGGAAGAGGCCGUAAAAGGUGUGGUGAGCCAGGGCUGGCAGGCAGACCCCACCACCAGGAUGGUGAUGCCCAAAAAGCCCGAUCCUCCCCCAGUCUCAUUGGUUCCAAACGAGCAGCAGUUGGCCAGACUCACUGACUACGUGGCUUUCCUCGAGAACUGAUAACCGGACACAACCACCGCUGAUGUUGCUCGCCCGGUACAAAGGGAGAAUACAAGUUAGGAGAGACUCUUCCUCCGGUCUGGCUCCCUGAUAGAGAUGUACCA